AGGAGGCAAGAGCCAUGGCAACCAGAGGCAGAGCUAAACCAAUCUUGAUCUUGGCAUUUCAACUGCUUCUCAUUGGUGGCUUAGUCCCGUCUGUUUGCAUGGAGUGGAGUGGAACAGGAACGCUUGCAGACUACGAAGUAGCCUCCUUUGACAAUCCCAUCGAGAAAACAGUAACGGUGACAACUCAGCUGGAUCAUUUUGCUGUGCAACCAGAAACGGGAGACGUGUACGUCGGCGCAGUGAAUUACCUGUAUAAACUGAACAAGGAGUUGAAACAGGUCACUAAUGUUAGCACAUGCUCGGAAGACACUUGCUUGAGUUACAAUAAGGUUCUGGCGUUGCAUGCUAGUAUGCUUAUCACUUGUGGCAGUACAGAUCAGUGCCAGUUGAGAAGGCUGGAUGAUCUAGAAGGUGAUGGAAGAAGCAGGAGUGGCCAAGUUGUAGCAUUUGGUACGAAAUCAACAGCAAGUAUCAUUGUGGAUAGCCCAAGCCCUCCAAGACUGUAUAUCGCAAAUACUUAUUCUACUGAGAGAGACUAUCUGAACAUUCGACCUAUUGCAAGACGCGGGGUUCCAAGUGGCCCAGGGUUCAUGUUUGCCGAUAAUGGGACAGAUGCAGUUCAAUUCACAAGUGGCUAUACAGCCGGUAGCAAUCCAUUUCCCAUCAGUUAUGUCAGUGUGUUUAAUUGGAAAGGGUUCACCUACUUUGCCACUUUCCAAAAGGAAGAUUUGGCACCAUUAAGUGAUCAUGUUUCAAAACUAACCCGCCUCUGCCACAAUACCGACAAUGUUCGCUCUUACACAGAGAUUCUCAUUCAGUGCAGAGGAACCAGUGGCAUGUUCAGUUUGAUACAGGCUGCUCAUGUUGGCCCAGCAGGCCCACAUUUGGCCGAGUCAUUAGCAUUGGAAGAAGGUGAUCAGGUGUUAUAUGCUGUGUUUGCAAGGGACCAAGCUGGAACCAGUAAUAAUCCAGUUCCCACGGCUGACUCUGCACUGUGUGUUUACAAGAUGAGAGACAUUGAAGCUGCAUUCACCGAGGCUGUCAGGGGAUGUAUUCAGGAUGGAAAUAAUGACUUUGAAAUAGGCAUAUUCUUGGGAACAAGCUGUAGUAGCCAGACAACUGUCAGCCCAGGGCCGUAUCUCUGCAAUACAGGGAACAAUUACCGAUAUGCCACUGGGAUAACUCCAGUUGUUGGCGCACCAGUCGUACAUCUGCUAGGCCAUUUAGCGUCGUCCAUUAUCACCAGCACUGAACUCAACCACACCGUGGCUUUCAUCGGAACAACAGAAGGGCAACUCUUGAAGGUGCACGUUGAGGAUGUUUCUUUUGCCAGAUUGUAUGAACAGGUAACACUUGAUUAUAAUCCAGUGAUGAGAGAUGUCAUGCUCAACGAAACAACAGCCGAGAUUUAUAUACUUACAGAACAAAAGUUGAUCAAGAUGCGUGCUGAGAAUUGUGGUCAGUACACAACCUGUGAGAUGUGUAAUGGGACUGAUGCAGGGAAUGAUGGAGACCCAUACUGUGGAUGGUGCACUCUGGAAAGAAGGUGUGCAAGGUACACUGAAUGUCCACUGUAUGAUGUGUCAACACGUUGGCUUGCCUACAAUGAUGUGCAAUGCAUUGAGAUAACUAAUGUCACUCCAGAUGACGUUUUACCGGUCACUUUCGCUGACCAACAGAUAACGUUGACAGUGCAGCAGUUACCAGAUCUGCCUGAUGGCGAGCAUUAUGUGUGUAGGUUUGGUGAUCAGUUCAGCAGCCAAGCAACCAACUACAAUGGAGAUAGCUUCAAUUGCAGGACACCACCAGCAAACAACAUACCUGCAAUACAGACUGGAGAUCACGUGAACGUUUCUCUGAGCGUUAUGUCUACAGAGACAACUGUGGACUUUGUUCAUAAAGACAUCAUUUUCUACGAAUGUGACAUCCACAAAACAUGUGUAUCUUGUGUUGGAAGUGACUGGGCCUGUAAUUGGUGUUUGUUUGACAACAAAUGUACUCAUGAUAAUUCCCACUGCUCCAAACCAAAUGAGAUCUUUGUAACCGGACAAAAUAGUCACGGAACGUCUAUGAAAGGUCCUGACGCAUGUCCCCAGCUCCAACCACAGAACCAUGAAGUGCUGAUCCCUAAUGACAUGAACAGAGAAGUAACUGUUGACGUGUCCAAUUUGCCACGUCAAGCACUGAUAUCCAGAUACCAAUGUAGUCUUGACAUUGAGGGAAUGGAUCAGUACGUAGAUGCAACCCGAGAGGAUGCCACUGUGACCUGUUACCUAAAAUCAGUUAAAUAUUCGACUAGUCAGCAGGAGUUGAACGUAACACUGUCAUUGUGGUGGACAGACAUGAAUAACAACAUACACCGUCUAGAUGACAGACAUGUGUUCAAAGUGACUCUUUACAAGUGUGAGGUCUUGCGUCCUGACUGUAGCCGUUGCGUUUCUAACGAAACUACCCGUGCAGAGCUGGGAUGCAUGUGGUGUGGGGAUACCUGUGGGGUAUGGGAUAGCGCUGCAUGUUUGUCGACUGUUCAGAGUGUCUCAAUGGAUAAUACCAUCAACUGCCCCGAUCCAGUUAUAUAUGAGGUGCACCCAUUGUUUGGACCUGAUGAAGGCAAUACGAUAAUUACUGUGAUGGGCACGAAUAUGGGACGACGAUUCAGUGACGUGCAAGAGGUCAGUGUUGGCGGCCAGACCUGUGACCUAUAUGGAUUGGAGAGCUACUACCAAACCGGCGCCAGUGUGAAAUGUAAGACUAGACCUAGUUAUGAUGCAAGACCGCAGCUUCUUCGAAUGAGUCUUACUGGCGCAAAUGGUGGAUCGCAGUUAAGCCAUGGAUAUGUUACGUUCCAGUACAAGGACCCAGUAUUAGCUGAUUUUAGCCCGAAGAUUGGCCCACAAUCCGGCGGGACACGGGUGACAAUCUCCGGUGAAUCCCUUGAUACCGGCAGAAAUAUUUAUGUUUCCAUCGGCAGUACACCUUGCUUGUUCGACAGGUCCCAGGUUAAUGACAACAGCGUUAUCUGCCAAACAUCAGAGGUCAACCAGCUUGGUUCCUGGUCACUGUACAUAUUCUUUGACGGUGCCGUUCGGUUUUCUCAAGGGCAGUUUAGUUAUACCCAAGAUCCAACGGUGGAGGGAAUCGAGCCUUCAACCAGCAUCUUGGCGGGUGGGCGAAAGCUUCAAGUCAGGGGAUCUGGUUUCUCAAUCAUACAACGACCUCAGAUAAUAGUUACCCUACAAAGCAACCAACGGGAAUUUAUUGAGGGAGACCUCCUUGAUCUUGCAAUAACCGCAACGGAAAUCACUGUCUACAUCGGGCGCGACGUUUGUUCCAAUGUUACUCUUUCCAGUGAAUUUUUGGGCUGCGUACUGCCGCAAACACAACCUGAAGCUGGCGAUAAUCUGGGCAAGAAAACUGACAAAAAUCUCCCGUUUGUUCGGGUGUUUCAUGGCUCACACCUGGCUUUUGAUAUCGGCUACAUCCGCUACCAUAGUGCAUCCAUCACCGUUCUCGUGUGUGUAGUCAGUGUGGUGGUCCUCCUGAUCUUUGUCAUUGUCGCCAUAGUGAUUUACAGGAAAGCCAAGUCAGCUAGAAAAGAAGUUGAGGAGCGACGAACUGACUUGAUCAUGAAGAAGAUUGAAAAGACCGAGGAUAUGAUGGCAGCAUCUGGAGUCGUUGGGAUGCAACAAUCGGAGAUGUAA